UUAUAUUUAAAACUAUGUUUCAAAACUUUUUUCAGAUUUACUUUGUUUAGCACUAAAUGCAAAGAAAACGCUAAAUAAUAAUAAAAUCACGAAAUCAUGACUAAAGAAGAAAAGGCAAAAUAUCCGGUAAAACACGUAAAAAUCACAACUUGUGGCCAAUUGUAUGAGCGCUGGAAAGAAAACAAACCACUGUAUGAAAGGGCGCCGAAGAAUGGCCUCACUCUCGAUGUCGAAUACGCCGACAAUCUGUCGCUUCUUAAUUGGGACAGCGAUUCCUGUGACACAAAACUCAUGGUCUGUCUUCACGGCGCUCCCGGAUCUCACUCCGACUUCGAGGCCGUUAUACAACACAUGACACGACUCGGUGUCCGAGUGAUUGCUCCUAACUUUCCAGACUAUUCGGUGACAAUAAAAACCGAUAUCUUUCGACAUUCAGCGGAAGAAAAGACAGAAUUCAUAAAAGACUUUUUGAGAGCAAUCGGAAUAAACAGAAUCGAUGUAAUGAUAGCCCAUUCGAGUGCUAUAUAUCCGACCACAAUGUUAUGGUGUGACCAAAAGGGGCCGCGAAUCGAGUCAUUCGUAUUGCUAAACCCGGGCGGACACCGAAGGAUUAAAGCCAUGCGACCCGUUUGGUAUACGGAGGGCGGCGUCAAAGUGUACCAAAACAAAUGGGGCCGAACUCUGUUCCAGAUCUUCGGCACCGCAUUCCUCAACAUCACCAAAACAGUUACCGUUAAAGCGGAUAAUAUGAAUAACGUUAUACUCUCGGCCUCUACUAUGAGAUAUUCACGAUUCAAACAACUCGAAGAAAAGCUCAUAAAACUGAGAGAAAGCAAAAUACCGGUACUCUUAGUAUUUAGCGAAAACGAUCGGCUCAUCGAGAAAGAGAUUUUCUACGAAAUGGCAGAGAUUUUGGGCGCAAAUGAAGACAAUAUCUCCAUAUAUGAUGAGAACGGAUGCCUUGAAAAAGAUGGAUCAGUUGACGACACUAUAAAAGUGGUCUCAUUUCGCUCCGGAGGACACUAUUGUUUCCUUAAGUAUACAAAUGUGGUGAACAAAGCCUGUGAUCAACUGUUGAGGACAUUAGACAACAAAUUAAUCCAAAAUGAAGUCAUUUGUGAUACAAAUUAAUAAUAAAUUC